ACUGCAGGGUUGGAAGUGGCAGAGACUAUCGUGGGCAUAUUGCAACCACAGUGAAUGGUAAGACCUGCCAAGAAUGGCAAUCACAUGGACAAGCUUCUUUCACACCAGAAACUCACCCAAUGUCAGGACUGGAGAAAAAUUACUGCAGAAAUCCUGAUGGUGAUACAAACAGUCCUUGGUGCUAUACAAUAGAUGAAAAACCAGUCUGGGAAUAUUGUGACAUUCCACAGUGCCUUACAACAAUCUACAUUUUUGUGGAGGUACCUUAAUAAAGCCACAAUGGGUUCUGACAGCAACUCACUGUUUAGACCGGUCACCAAAUCCUAGUUUUUACAAAGUGUCGCUUGGCCUACACACAGAGGCAGCCUCAGAACCAUCCGCCCAACAUCGCAACGUUGAGAAAAUAUUCAAAGAACCAUAUCGGGCAGACAUUGCCUUGCUGAAAUUAAGCAGCCCAGUACAGAUCACCAAUGAAGUCAUUCCAGUCUGCUUACCUUCAGCCAACGUUGUUGUAGCAGGUGGAACACAAUGUUAUGUCACAGGAUGGGGAGACACAAAAGGAACUGGUGGAGAAGGCUUACUUAAAGAGACUGGCUUCCCUGUCAUUGAGAAUAAAGUGUGUAACCGGCCUGAGUUUCUA